CUGUGGGCCGCUGCUGCUGUUUCUGGAGAGCUUACAGUGGGAGGGUAUGAGCAGCGGAGGUUUUAAACCUACUGGAGCCUGUAGGUGAUGGCUCCGCUUUUAAAUCAGUAGAUGCCAGCAGAGAGACAUCGUUAGAAACAUCGCAGAUGACUCUGAGAUGGGACAAACACAUUUAUUGCUGGCAGCGUUUCAUAUCGCCAUGAAGCCCGUUUCAUGUUACGAUUACUUGCUUUCGAUUCCCUCCAGCCUGCAUCUCGGACCGUUCAAGUUAAACGGCUAAAGGAGGCUGGUCUGCUCUGACUGACAGUCCUGAUAUUUCCAUCUGGACCUGGUGAUAUGAGAGGCUCCGGGAGACGGUGAUGGAGCUCCAGGAGUUGGGCUGGCUGUGUCUGGUGGGUCUCUUCCUAGCCUCCUUGCUCAUCGUGCUGGCAUGGCUGCUCCAGUACUCGCUGACCGUAUUGCGGCUGUGGAGAGCAAGGAGGACAGCCAAGCUGGGCAGAGGAGGAACAGCCUCGCUGCAGCUCUCCCUCUCGCAGCCCCGCCAGAGCCAGGCUGCAGGUGUUUGGGGCUUCCUGAUGAAGCUGCGCUCGGGCCGGGAUGGGGGACCAGCAUCUGAGGCCGGGGUUAAAGGCUUGCUGACCUCCCUGUUCUCCUUCAAGUCCUUCAGGGAGCACUGGCAGAGAACCUGGAUCAAAGCUCUGAAUGAGCAAGCCUGCAGGCAUGGGAGCUCCAUCCAGAUCACUUUUGACAGCAGUCUCCAGUUUACUGCUGCCUCCGCAAUAGAUAGUGUGACCUGCACUGACCAAUCAUCACACCGAAUGGUUUUACACUGUAAAUGUUGGGUGGACACAGUGACAUUUCCCGUGACCGUCACCCAGCAGUCACCAGCUGCCGUUUCCAUGGAUACCUAUCAGAUCAGUAUAGCACCUAUGGUGGCAAAGGUGGUUGUGUGUCUGGAGGACGUGGAGGACGAGGGACUGCUGAUGUCCUGGACUCUCUCCAAACAGCCAUCGUUUAUUCUGACCUUGUCUCCAUGCAAGCUGCAGAGACAGGGCACUGACGGUGAGGCAGACCUGGACAUGAUUAAAGGACUGAUAGAGGAUACUCUGUUCAGCACUCAACCAGCCAUGGUCCUCAACCUCAAGACUUGUGCAUCCAGUCCUUUGGCCCCCAUGGAGCAUCUAUCAGUGGGAUUAAAUUCUGUACCCCAGAGCGUCUUGGUGCGACGCCUAUUGCUUCGGCAGCUCAGGGCGACCUUAAGUAAAGGUCAGUGGUCUAGAAUGGGGGAGCUGUGCUGCGUCCUGACCCUGGACCAACCCUCCACAGAGAGGACAACCUGCUUCCUGUCUGCUCCCAGCAACCCCAACGCCCCACUGGAAUGGAGUGAAGAAAUGACUCUGGAGCUGAGCCCAGAAACCAAAGAGCUGAGAAUAAGACUUCUGGAGCGGAAUGGCAGAAGGGAACAGUUCCUGCACGGCCACGCCUCCAUAGCCUUGGACCUCCAGCACAAAGUUCCUACAGGACAACAUACACUGUCAAUAAGCCCCGGCCACGGCUUGGCACCAAACGCUACCAUCACCGCAGAGCUGUUGUACGUGGAAUCAGAGGAACCUCGCGCGCUCAACGCUUUACCACUUCGUUCCUCACUCACUCCCACCAAGAAAGUCGACAUGGACCGAACCAUCAUGCCAGACGGAACCAUCGUCACCACUGUGACCACGGUCCAGUCUCGACUGAAACUGGAACGCAGUCCAGGUGAUUCCCCUUUGUGUUCCCCAUCCAAAGUGGAAGUGACCGAGAAGAAACCCACCAUCCUGUCUGAUGGCAGAGGCGGCGGCAGCAGCCCCAAUCUUAGCAAGGGCAGCCGCCUCUCGAACGGCCUGGAUCCUGUUGCAGAGACGGCCAUUCGUCAGCUGACAGAGUCCGCCUCCAAAGUGGCGCGCAAGACACCAACAAAAAGGAGCACGCUGAUCAUCUCGGGCGUGUCAAAGGUUCCGCUCUCAGAAGAUGACUGUGCAUUAUCGAGCGGCUACGCUGCAGCCAUGGACGCGGCCAUGCAUGGCAACCAUUACGGGGUGGGGCAUCACCAGGACCCGGAUGAAACAACACCCUCCGACGUGUCGGAACGACCAUCUGUAGACGAUGUGGAAUCAGACACUGGUUCCACUGGUGCCUUGGAGACCCGCAGCCUCAAGGACCAUAAAGUGGGCUUUCUACAGAGUGGUACGAAGCUGUUGUUCCGCAGAAGACAUCGAGAGAAGGAGUCCUGCCUCAGCCAGUCGCAUGAAGACAUCUCCAACAUGGACACUAAUUUUGCUGCUGUUGCAACCAGCAGCCGUAAAAAGUCUGGCAGCUUCUCUCGGCGUCUCAUCAAACGCUUCUCUUUCCGUUCAUCAGGCAAAUCAAAAGGCAAAGCCACCAGUACCAACGGAGGAACCAGCUCACUGGAUAACUGAUUAUCAUUGCAGGGACAGGACUUGUGUCAUCCUGCUAUUACUGUCAGAAGAAGAACUAAACAUUUGUAAGAAUCCAGUCUUUGACAGGUUGAACACUCCAGGUGGGCUGUCACCUGUACAUCUCAGAGGGAGGAUACCUCUGCAAGGACUUUCCUCUGGAGAGAAAUGAUUGCACUUUCAGGACAGAAGUCACACUUAAUCGCAUUAUUGAAGUUGAAAAGUGAUUAUGAAGCUUAUCUCUUUCGAGGCAUUUGCUGCUUUGUGGACCAUUCGAACACAAACUAUAGCAGGAGUGUUUGAUUGUGACUGAUGGUGGAAAUACUCGAAAACUAUCUAAUGAUAUAAAACUCCAGUAUGACACUGUUGGUCGCACUUUGGACUUUUAUGUUUUUUAGCAGCACAUGUAAAAUCCUUGGGUUGUAUAAAAGUAAUUUAUUAUUAUGUGGUUCUCAUGAAACAAGUGCUAUUUAUUUUACUAAAACAAGUCAUCAUAGUUGCAUUACACUGUAAAAUAGACAUUGCUGUGUUUUUCCAUACAAAGGUAAUUUUAAACAUAGUUUAAAUAAGUUAACAAAAAAACACUCUUAAUCUAGUUGUAAUGUUCAUUCAUAAUUGCUUAUACAUGGCUUUAGAAUGUUGUUCAAUGUUGUAUCUAUAAGAAAAAGAUCAUAUAUUUAUUGUACUUUUUAUUUUAUAAAGGUACUUUGUGAAAUAUCAUUGAAAUUUCUGCUCAUAAAUGCAUUUCAGUUUGCUUCUGAAACUUCAACCCUUCUUUUCAGUUGAAUCGUCUCUUCAGAAUAACUCAGACUUGUUAUUAAAACAAUAAAUACAGUCUAUCAGUGUCAGUGAAACACAUACUGUAGGAUCUCUAGCAGACUUUUCAAGGUGGGCAAAGUUGAAACUUUUUAAAUUUUGACUGUUGUCGGUAAAAAAAAAAAAACUAAACUAAAAAAAAACAUGUCCAGGUCCUGCUGUCCUUGUCUCUCCUGUUGACUCCAAUUAAUUCAAAA